AAUCAUCACCAUAUUAUUCAGCAUGCUCAAUUACAUUUAUUUUGACAAGAAUUAGCUGGCUUAGACGGCUUUUUCAUGAUUUUCAAAAAUACGCUUAUUAAUCCCUAUUCAAAUUCAGUUUUUUACAAUUUUAACCCUGUUUGGCUAUUUUUUCAGGAACCAAACCAUCACCAUAUUAUUCAGCAUGCUCGAUUACAUUGAUUAUGUCAAAAUUUAGCUGGCUUAGACGGUAUCUUCGUUAUGUCUAAAAGGUCACUAAUACUAUGUGAUAUUUAGAUAUUUUGGCCGAUAUCUCAAAAACUAUGCAUGAUAUAAAAAAAUAGAUUUGAUUUAUGAAAUUGGCAUUGAAUUUUGAGUGUGAAAAGUACCAUUGCAAAAAAAAUCGAGAACAGGCGAUUUUGCAGGUCCUCCUUAACCAACUAUAAAUGGUAUCCCAAACAUUCAAAGGUAUUAUAAAUAUUUGAACAUCAAUAUUAUUAGAAACCACAGCCGAAACAUUCCCAGAGCCACCACAAAUCAAUGAAUUCAACAUUUUUGAAAAUUAGAGCCAAUUUUUUGUAUGAAUAAGAUGUUCGUAUUCAACAGUCUCCAUCGUAACCAAACCCAAAUUAAAUUACCAACAGGGAAGGAUUCACUGAAAUAUCACUCAAGGAACUUUACCAAUGAUAACUCAAUAAUGCAAAAUGGCUUCAUUUGAUCAGAUUCUUUUGCCUAUUUGUAAAUCUGAUGUUCAAUUCUGGUUUUUCCUAACAUUAUUGGAAUUCGUGUGACUAAAACCACUCCAAUUGACCCUCCAAUAUUGGCAAAGGAUUCAUUCCAAACAAUAAUACAAUAUUAAUUACUGUGAGCUAAAACAACUUUAGGUUUCGUGCGAUUCUUGAAGAACAAGAUGAACGUUCAAGAAACGUAAUUCACCAUGCAGGGAAAUUGAUGGUUGAAUGUUGAAAUGUAUUUACGCAGGAAAAAUUGACCCAGAAAAAAGUCAAAAGGAGUCACAUCAAUUGGAUGAUCGAAAAAAGGAAGACUGGAAUGGAAUAUUGAUGAUCUGAUGUGGAAACAUGUUCAAGAAAUCAGUUGAAGUUACUUUACAGCUAAUAAACAACAAUAAUGUGCCUCACAGGAUUGCCAGAACUUCAGAAUUUUAAAUUUCUCCAAUGACGAUGAACAGAAUAGUGGAAAAUGCCUGGUUCAGUGGAAUCUUUUGCUACAAGAAAAAUUUUUUCCUGUUACACUUUUUUGUUCUAAAUUCAAUUGAAUUGGUUGAUUGAAGGAAACGAGAUUGUCAUAAAUAUAUUCAACUGCUUCUCCACAUCAUACACUAUUUAUGUGUUAUUACAUCCAAAGAGCUGGAAAUGUAAAUCUCUUCUACAUUGACUCUGGAGCAGCAAACCCCUUGAAUCUAUUCAGAUUUCAUAGGAAUCCCAAAAGAAAGGAAGAACGACAAAAGAAGAAAGAAGGAAGAAAAAACUGAAAGUUCAUCAUCUUUUCUCAUGAAACCAACAAAAACCAUUGUUUCACUGAACUUAAUAUUAUUACCAUAAUCUUGCUUGGCUCAAAUUGAAUACAAAGUCUCACUUUACUGCAACUCUACUCUUCCUACUACCGUUUUCAUCGUAAUUUAUACAUAAAUUUACAAUCAUCUUUUUUUUACCAAUUUCCAUGCCAUUGCCAUGCACCGUAGGAACAUGAAGGUAAAUGAUGGAAAGAGAAGGAAAAUUGUAUGACAGAGAAACAAAAUGUGAAUAACUUUCAGGUAAAUUGGAAACUGAAAAGAUUAAAGCUCAAAUCACAUUAUUCACGUAACCUGAAUUACUAACAGCUUUAGUCCAGCAAAAAGGCCAACAAACAACAAAAAUUGAACACAAUCAAACAGACCAUUUAAUACUCGACAGUCUACCUUCAAGUUAACAGUUUGGUUUAAUCAAAUGACAACAUUAACAAUUUGGAAAACUCUUUCCGACAAUUUUAUUCCAACAUUUCAAUAAACAGCCAAAAAAGAGGAUCAAUUUACAAUUCAAUUGAACAAAUUACCAUGACUUAAAUUUACUGGAUUACAUUUGAAUUACCUUUCAACUUGAAAUACGAAUGCGAGGCUUACAAACGUUGAACACAACUCAAUGGUUAACCUUUUAAUUUGGACAAAUUGUUAACUCUGGUAACAUUGGAAUCCAUUUUUGCUGUUAACAACCCAAAGAACAACAAACCAAAAAAUUAGGUCAAUUUGGUGUAGACAAGAAUUAUUAAUCAGUUCGUGUAACGUGUUUUACCUUGAAUUAUAUUUCAUUCAAGUGUAUUAAUAGUGAUAUCCAGAGAAGCAAGAAGAUGAACAAGAUGAGUGUAAAUAGAAACAUAAAUAACCAAAGUUACUUUUUCAUGAUUAGUUUUCAGAGUUUUAUCUUUCACUCUCUUUCUUGUUUUAUAUAAUUGAAAACCUCUUUUACUCCAUCAUCUUCAUCUUAACCACUCAUCUUAAUGGUAAUACUUCACUGAUCUCACAAUGGGAGGAAAGAGAUGAUGAUGAUGAUGAUGAUGGAGGCGAUGAUGAUUUUAUUUGCAGAAGCAAAGAAAACAAAAUAAGCUUCUACCUUUGAUUAUCAUUUCUUUUCAUUCUUGUAUUUUUGUUACCAGAAUUGAAAAAUGUUACCAUUAAUAUUAUCAAAAUAAUUAUGUUUUAUAGUAAAGCAAUUUGCAUGUUUCCAUUUUGAUUUUGAACAUGUUACCUUUUACAGAAUUAUCGUUGAAAUCAUUCAAUAAUAACAUUAUUUCUAUUUUCAGAUUUGUAAACCAUAAUUAAUCAAGUUAAUCUUGAAAUAUUUAUAUUGAAAAUAACGCUAGUCUAAAGCCUGUUUAUAAUGAAUGGUUUCCCCAACUCAACACAUUUUCACCUUCAAGCUUAACUCAACUCUAAUGAUUUAUUAUCAAAGUUGGUUAAAAUUUUCAUAAUUGUCGCAAAUGUUUUCCGCUUUUCCACAAUUUCCAGAGUCUUUCCAUUAUUCCAUUUCAUUGAAAAUUCAGUUGAUAGAUGAAGCUGGAGAAGGAAAAAGAGUCCACAUUUUGGCAAUGUUAAACCUCGUUCCAAUCAAUUGCCAUCUUGACAGACUCAAACUCAUUCUUUUCACCUUCAUUGGAAUUGGAAAUAGGAGAAAGACAAGGUGAUGAAGAAGGACAAAAAAGUCAAGAUGAACUUUCCAGGGAAACUUGAACAUUACAGGAAAGCGAAUACAUUUUUACCAGAUAAAUUUUUAAUUUGCUUCAAUGGACGGAUUGGGUCCUUGUAACUUGAAGGUUAACACUGGAUUGGGUUAAAGAUGAGCAGUAAAGUUAACUAGUUUGCAACACUCAAUCAUUAUUUGAUUAGUUUUAGUUAAUAUCUCAAUUGUUUUUACUGUGAAAACAAAUGUCUCACGCUAACAACAUGGAAACAAUUGCCUGAUGGUUCAUUUGUUAUUGUUAACAUUUCAUUACAACUGACGAAACUGUUGCCAAACAUCAACAUAAACCAAACACUAAUUAAUAUUACAAAUGUUAACAUGAGUUUCGCCAUACUUGGGUUUCAAAAUGUAUUCACAGUUACAUGAUUAUAUGAUAUUGACAUGAAUAUCAUCUUAAUACCAAUCUAUCAAUUAGAUGCCAGUUCGUGUUUUAACCCAAUGACAAGUCAAUAUCAAAUUUCAAUCCCGUGAGGCUAACAAUGUUUAUAUUUCACUGUAUUAAUAGAUACUUAAGGAGUGACACAAAUAUUCAAUAGUUGCAGUUAGGUCUAGGUUUUAGUUCAAUCCUUACAACACCAUCAACAAGAACUGUGUAAAAGCUUAAAGAUUACUUGAGACAAGAUAGAGGUUAAAAUGGGUAAAACCCGAAUCUCAUCCAAUGUUAAUCCACAAGUUGAAUAUCCAAACAUAAAGAUUCUUUUACAUGAACAUCUUGUUCGACUUCCUUACCUUCCAGGAAUCAUUUACUCCAAGAAAACAUUGAGCUACCUUUUUUACCUAAUUGCUUGGCCCUGUAUCAUCUCUGGAACCGCUCAAUAUCUGUUAUUGGCUAUUUUAAAGCGCUUUGCCAACCUAACCUUUUACACAAUAGAUCCAACACUAUUCCUGGGUUCAACUGGUUUUUGGCUGUUAAUCACUUGUUUCCUAUGGAGUAUCAUUGCCUCAGUUAUUCGCUACUUUUUCCAACAAUCAAUUAACCAACCUAACUUACAACAUUGGAUAUUUCCGUUGACUGUUCUAGAGAAUCGCGACAUCAAUGAUAAACACUUACGUACAAUCAUCAAGUUUACAUAUGCUAAAGUCAAGUUUGUCCUUUAUGCUGUUGCCUGUGCUGCAUUUUCAUUUUACAUUCCCAUUCUGAUUGGAUUGCCAGCUCAAUACUUGCCCUGGACUCUUUUCAAUGCCGUUAAUACCGCUUUUCAUGGUUACAUUUGUACUGCUUGGGAAUUCAAUUUCAUUUUUCUCUUGGGUUUCUAUCUUUAUUACUGUGGACUUCGCUAUUCAAAGUUAACCUCUUCAUUUCGUCGUCAACUCAUCUCUCAAUCAGUCUAUCACACAGAAAAUCCUCAAUUCAAUUUAACUCCUUAUUAUGAUGAAGGUUUGCGUCGUUUUACCCAGAAAAUAAUCAAAUUGGCCAAAGAAAUUGAUAAAGCUGAAAAUUUCUGGUAUCGAGUAAACAAUACCGUUUUUAUGGGCACUUUUCUUGCUGAAACUCUACUUCUCUAUCUUACAUUUUUUGCCAACACUGAAGGAGCUAUUCUCUGUUGCUGUAUUUUUCUUGGACUUUUGACCAUCUUUUAUGGACAAUCAAUCAACUUUAUACCAGGAAUCUAUCUUCAACACAAGUUUGAUGAAGCAGUUAAUGAUACAAAAAAAUGGAUAAAUCAUUCAUCUUAUCUAGCAAGGUUAAGAGCGUUAACAGUUCUCGACUAUUUAACUGAAAGACAUUUGUUUGUCGUUUUUUGGUGUGUUGAUACAACAACCUGGAACUAUUUGAAGGUUCAAGCUGAGGUUGCAAUGUUGCUGUUAUUGUUAAUUUCAAAUUCAAGGAGAUGAUCAAUUAUCUUGAGGCUAAACUUGAGAGAUUCAUUGAGAAUCAAUCUCAAAGUCAAUAAUAAUCAAGCUCAAUGUAUUAUGUAAGGCGGAGGAGUUGGAAGGAAAGUUCAAACAAUGGGAAAAGAUGAUAAUGAUAAAGAAGGAAAAUGAAUGAAAAAAGAUGAGAGAAGAAAAAAUAAGCUCAGUUUUUUUCCUUUGCUUUUAAAACUGAAAUUCCCUGUAAAAUAGCAAUUGUUUCUUCAUUCUACUUCUCGGGUUUUUGUUUCUUUCCAAAAGACUGGUUCCUUUAUUGGUAAAAUUUGCCCUGGUAAAGGAAAGAAUCAACAAGGUCCAACUGUGUAAAACACUUGAACAAUCAAUAUCUUUUCAUUUCACGGUUACGAUGGCACAAAAUAAGGUUCCUAUUUAUGGCUAAGAGACUUGAUUAAGUCACAUUUUCAUUGGAAAUUGUUGCUGGACUGAACUUGACCAGAGAUUGAUCAUGAAUCAUCACAAAAAUAAAGUUUACCUUGGCUGGUCAUGAAGUCAUUGGUGUUUGAAGUGAAAUGCAAGUGAUUUACAAUUGAAUUCUUUGGAAUUUGUGAUUUCAUCGGUGUUUCAAUGUGCAUCAAAAUUGGCAUGUAAUUUUGAUUAUUCAAGCUUUUGUUGUAAAUUUGGCUCGACGCUGUUACAUUACGCUCUAAUGUUAACAAUGGUGUUUCAUUGCUUCAUUUUUGGCAUCUUAAUUGCAGAUCGAUUGAAAUAAGUUUUAAAUUUUACUUACUUUGAGUUAAAAUAGAUCCUGAUUCCGAUCCUUUAAGUGAUUCUUUGGAUUUCUCAGGUUCUACAGUGGAGGAGUAAAUUGAGAGUAAAUAAUCGUUAUUAUGGUUUAACAAAAGGCUUAGUAAAUAAUGGAUACACUUUCAAGUGCAAGCUUUGUUAAUGUAAUUUGGAUUGGAGUAAAUUUCAGUCAUAAUGUAAAUUUAAUUACCUGUGGAGGGUAUUUCAAGUGGAUUAUGAAGUGAUGGUAAAGUUUCAAAGAAAAAUCGACCCUUAAAACCUUGACCAGGAAAAUGGCUUUUACUAAGAAAUUGAAUGUACAAAUCAGGUCCCGUUGAUACUAAUUCAACAAAUGUAUUGGUGUUACAAAGUUGACCGAUAACUGGUCCCGACUGAUUGCCCCCAUCAUGGACAUAAAUCACAUCUGGACUAUUCAGACAACUAUCAAUUUGGAGACGAAACAAGGAGAAAGUAAAGGAAAAGACGAAAAAAAAUCAUAAAUUAUUCAAUAAUCAAGUGAAAUAUGGUAAACAUAUUUUGACACAAUCAUAUUUAUCAUCGCUUAUAAAUAAUCUACACUCUCCACCAUCUUUUCAUCAUAAUUAUAACCUAAAUAGCAAAAGGAAUUACCAGUUUUACAAAUUAAUUUGAUUAAUAUCAGCAAAAAUUUUCGUCAUUGGUUAACACUUUGCUCUGCUCCAUCUUUUUCACAUUAUCAUUGAUUUAAUUUUAUUCACAUUAUAAUGGAUGGAGAUGAUACUGAUGAUAAACAUCCAUUGCCUACAACUGUUAUUUUUUUACUGCUGUUGCUAUUCGUUUUACAGUUUCCCAUGUAUUUAAUCAUCUUUUUAAUACUUUAGGCCAACAAAAUCUGGCAACUUUAUCAUGAAAAACUAUUUAUCUAACAUGGAAUCUGAAUUAUCUGUUUGUCUUGCUUUCUCCUCUUCCUAUGUACAUGGAUAACUAUCAACAUUGGCCAAAAGUGGAAACCAUUCUUGCUCAAUCAAUACAAUUAGUGUUUAACAGGCACAAAUUCAUUAACCAAAUAAAAGCUUAACAACCCUUUAACUCCAGCUAAUCAAAGGAUUUCAAACUUUUUUCCAUUGAAGUUGCCUGAUACAACUCAAUCAUUGUGUUUCAACCUUUCAAAGUCUGACUCUAGAUUCAACUUGAAAAUCUCUUGUGCAAAAGACUGUUAAUUCAAAAUUUAAACUUGAAUUAUGCGCAAAUCCAAGGUCUUGAUGGCAAUUUAAUUUCACGAUCAAAGGAUUUUCCCUUCAAAAUCAAAUGCAACUUUAAGGAUAUUUGGAAACGUUCAAUCGCUUAAUCUAAAGCGUGAAUUAAACCAUCAACUAAGUAGCCAUUUAAACUAAAACAAAAGGUUGAUUAAUUACGGAUUGGAAAUGUUGAUAAAUUGUCUGUGCACAUUAUACUUGACUGGAUAAAUUGAAACAACCCAAAAACAAUUGAAUUUACCAAAUUAACCAGAUUCCCUUCUCUGGUUUGAAGGCACAAUUUGGAUUCCCUUUUAAUUUGACAAUUGGCCAACAACCCAAAAUGCAAUUGGAAACGUGAACCGAAACCUUCAACUGAUUUUGUUUUCAACUAACCAUUGAAUUGAAUGGAAAUAUCGUAACUUUAUAUUCAUUUUUGGUAAUGCAAUACAUUGGAGAGACAACAUUUGAACAUGAUUUGGGUUUCAUCUUUGUGGUCCUUUUUUUGGAUUAUUAUUUCAAAGCUUAUGUUGAAUGGUAAUUAUUGGUAGUAAAAUGAUUUACUUGUGAUCAAUAUUUGAGAAGCAAUUACAUUUAUUUGAUCAAAAUUUACAGAUUGAGAAACAUCAACAUUCACAGUUGAACCCAAACCCGCCAAUUGACACCAUUUGUGAGUCAACUUGAACAUCAAUAUAACCAUAAAAACCUUUCAACUGUUUAAUUUAAACGCAACUUUAACUAUAAAUCAAACAGAAGCACAAUUAGAUGGAUAUAAAUUUAGUUGAAUAUUUGUAAUGAAAAUAUCUUUAUUGAAUAAACCAUUAAAAGAGAUUCCUGUUGGA